GCUGUAAGCGUGUUCCCGAUGGUGCCCGCCGCUGGCCCCCGGGACUCCGCGCUGUGGCGGGCCUGCAACUGGUUGAUGGGCGCCUUCUUCGCGCUGGCCGCCUUCGUGCAGAUAAAUGAUCCUGAUGCAGAACUGUGGAUAGUAAUUUAUACCAUACCUUCAGUGCUGGCCCUGCUUGUUGGACUGAACCCUCUUGUCACAGGUCAUUUUGUUUGGAAGACUGUGUCUGCAGUACACAUACUCUUUUGUAUCACAUGGUCUGUUGGCUUGCUAUACUACCUCUUGCUUCACAAGCCAAAGAACAUCUUACAUGAGGAAGAAGUCAGGGAGCUGUUUGGCCUGCUGAUUAUCAUAUCCUGGAUGAGCCUAUGUCACAGUUUCCCAAAGAAUUCAGUUGGUGGAAGAUUUCAUUUGGUUAUUGCUGUUGUAAUAACUCUUUUCCCAUUUUUCUCAUGGGCCUACAUAUAUAUAAAUAAGGAGAUGCAGUCCUCGUGGCCAACUCACUGCAAAACGGCAAUUUAAAUGAAACCAAGAAGCCUGCUUAUAAGAUAUUUUAAAUUUUUAUAAUCAUUAUUUUUAAAUAAAUAUGAUUGGACCAAGC